AUGAACGUGAUAGCGACGAAUGAUAUGGAUGAGAUCUAUGAGGAUCCUGAGUAUGGUGAAAUGGGAGAAUUGGAGAAGUUAUCGACUAAGGUUGAUGAGAGUGAGGACACGGAUGAUACGGCAGCGAGUGUGGAGGCAGCAGUGAAGCAGAAAGAGGAGAUAGUCGCCAUGGAGGCAGCAGCAGUGAAUGGUGGAGAUGGAGUUGGUGACAACACUUUUGCAGCAGCGAUCGUGGUUGAAGAUGAAGCAGUAAAUGAGAAGUAUAUGGGAGUUGAAGCUGUGAAAGGGGACAUCCUGAUGCCGAGGAGAAGUGAGAGGCUUAAGAAAAUGUCUCAUGGUUUGGAUAUCAAGGCGCUCAACUUCAAGACACGUAACCAGAGGUUCAAGGUGCAGGAGCUGCAGAGGAGCGUGAAGCCGACUUAG